AUGCCCCUUGCAAAGUCACUUAAUAAGGUCUCCAAGAAGAUCGCAGGCUCUUCGGCUACUCUUCAUGCUAAGGGUAGAAAGUUCAAGCAACUUGGCAGAGCCACUGAAAGAGACGCUAAGAUCAAGGCGAAGAAGCAGAGACAUAUGGAGCAGAAGAACCAUGAGUUACUCUUCUACUUGCACAUUCAAGAAAGCAUCCAGGACAAUCCAGCUGAGACGUUUGCGCUUCAUGAAAUCAGAGAGAUUGUCAGCCAGUGGGUUGCCCGAGAUGACGAGGAGCUUGCUGAGAUAGACAACAACAGAAGACCAGGCAGACCACUUACAAGUAAGCAGCAGCUACUUAAGGAGAAGAGAAAGCAUGAUGAGCAUAUUUUUGAGACUGGCUUGCGUACUCCCGACUUGAGGGAUAAGGACACUGUUACCUACGUGAAGAACUGGAACGGUAAUGCUGGUGCUAGUACAUCAUGGAAGUUCACUAUAGUCACCAAGGAACCAAGAGAAGGAGACGAAGAGAUGUCGUAA